AGAAGGUGAGCUGUUGAGCCGUUAAAGGUACUCAGAUCAAGUUCGGGGAAAUCUUUAAUCAUCUGACUUUACGCCACAUUUUACCUACAUUAUUUGAUCAAGUUUAUUCCAACAUCUACUUGGUAACUUCAGCUUUCUGCGAUUUACCAGCAGGACGUAACGAGAGACGAAAAAAUUGCGUAUUUGUGUUCAGCCCGGAGUCGCUACUGCCGACCCAACCUAGGUAACGUUAGCUAGCAGUAGCAGCAUAGACCGGGGCCCAGGCCGGCGACUUCAACAGAUAACACGGACUUUUACGUUUUGUAGUUUAGCUUUAUAAACACGUUUCAGCGCGAUGGCUUGUGGAGCUACUCUGAAAAGGACUCUGGAUUUUGACCCGUUAAUGAGCUCGGCUUCCCCAAAAAGGAGGAGGUGCGCCCCGGUCAUGUCUCCGGUCUCUUCACCGCAGAAAUAUCUGCGUAUGGAGCCCUCACCUUUCGGAGAGGUGUCCUCCAGGCUCACCACAGAGCAAAUUCUCCACAACAUCAAACAGGAGUACAAGCGGCUGCAGAAACGACGACACCUAGACAGCACUUUCCAGCAGGCCGACGGCUGCUGUCCCCUCGACCUGCCAAACGUACACCAUGGAUCCGCUCUACCAGGUACAUCCUCGGGUGCCUCGUCUCCCACCAGGAAAGAGCAGCCGUUGUUUUCCCUCAGACAGGUCGGGAUGAUCUGUGAAAGACUACUGAAAGAGCGAGAGGACAAAAUCCGCGAGGAGUACGAUGAGAUACUGACAACAAAGCUUGCAGAGCAGUACGACGCGUUUGUCAAGUUCACACACGAUCAGCUGAUGCGACGGUUCGGAGAGCAGCCUGCAAGCUAUGUUUCAUGAGUGUCUACGUUUGAUCCGGGGGGAAAAACCAUUUGCUGCAAGCUACUCCAGGGACUCAGUGGGACUUUCUCCUAGCUGUGCCAUAUCGCCUCUAUGUGGACUCACUGCCUCAAGGCUUCAGUCAGUGGCAUCCACGUCUGCUGUCGCUACCAGAGUUAGGAGGGCUUCCUGCUGCCAACAUGUUCGAGGACUCUCUGUGACUCACCCAGUGGCCUCUUUACUGCCGUGUUGAUAUUUAUUUGGUUUUGUUCUGACGCCUUCGUAAAAGGCUGACUGCCACCAUAUUCUUGGCUUUUCUGAUUUUGAUUUUUAUCUUUGUCAUAUUUAGUUAUUUCACAGAGAAGAUGUUAGUUGUGCAGCUCCUCCUAUAUGUACAUUUUUAAAAAAGAAAAGAAAAAGGGAUCGAACGCUGAGAAGUGGACAAACUAAGGAGCCUUCAGACUGGAGUCCAGAAACGGACCUCUUGGCUUUUUUUCAGCAAUGUUUUAAACCGUACUGGCAAUUACUGCUAUUACAUUUGUAUACACUGUAUUUUUUAUUUUUUUUGCGUUCAUUGUACCAAAACUUCAUGAUUUUAUUUGCUGUAGGUAUAAAGGGGCUUUGAGGAAAAAAAGCUGAUGAUUAAAGGUGUUUA